AUUGCCGCGUCUCCUUAAAAUGCAUAUUGAAUAGAGCCCCUGAACACGGAGUCAGGAUGCCGCGCUAUUUGCUUAACUGCAUUGGUAUUGCUGCUCUCUUUGUGCUUGUUUGUUCUGCGCCCAUGUUCCCCUUUUUCUCCCUACUGUUAUAACCCUGGUCACUUCCCAGCUCUACGCAAAUCUGGGUCACAAAUACUAACACAGCUGCUUUUAUACAGCCGCCAAGGUUUUGGCAGAGGCGGCAAUAAUAAAAACAAUAACAACGCCAACAAGAUGAAUACCGGAAGCCCUACCCAGUCCCCCGCUUCCCAGGGCCCUCCUGGCCAUGUGUCUAAUUCACCGUCUUUGGCCUCGAACCACUCCACCAUCGAGAACACUGCUGUUUACGACCCCGAUGCCCCAAAGUACUUUUUUCAGGAGAAAUAUGCGCCGCUUAAUGUUAAGGGUAACUUCUUAACGCUGUGCGCUUGCCCAAAGAACGUGGAACUCGGAGAAUGGCUAGCCCACCAAAUCGUUGAACAAUACCGUCUACUUCAUGGCAUGCUCCAAGUCAUUCAAGAAGUGAAUAGUAAUACCGGACUUCCCAUUUGCAACGAGACCACCUGCCCAACCAUGUCUGCUGGCCGUCUGACUUACACUUGGCUCGUGGAUUCACAAGCCGCAAAAAUCUCCGCUCCCAAGUUCAUCAACCGGGUGGAGAAAUGGAUUGUCAGCAAGAUUCAUGACCCAGUGAUGUUCCCAACAGAGAAAGUAACGGGAGUCCCUGAGACGUUUGCGCUUAAUGAGGCUUUGGGCGCUCAAGCCUCAAAUGCCGCCGCCAAUGCCGCCGGUGAGGAUUGGAUCGGCAAGUCCAGCGGCUUUCCACGGACUUUCUACAAAGACUGCCAGGGGAUUAUGAAGCAGAUGUUCCGCUGCUAUGCGCAUCUAUACCAUGCACACUGGCUGAACCCCUUCUGGCACAUUAACAAGCAUGACAUCCUCAACAUGUGCUUUGUUCAUUUUGUUACUGUUGCGAAAUACUACAAGCUUGUAUCUGACAAGGAAAUGGAGCCGAUGCAGCCCCUGAUUGACCUGUUCAUCAAGCAGCAGCGUAUCCCGCCAGAGGCUCUUUCCGGUGGUCACUGGGGGCAGCAGGGCUCUAGCUAAUCUCGAUAACAUAGUACCUCUUCUUCCUUUGAUGACGAACAUGUUUCUAACCUGGCGUUGGAACCCGAUUUCUUUUGAUUUACUAUCAUUGCCAUUCCUGCUUUCGGUUGUUGCCAUUUUCCAGCAUAUGGAUGAUCGGCUGAUAAUGCGAACACGGUUGAGAAUUCGAGCAUUUAGCACGCAGAGCGAACAUUCUGUUCUUGUGAUUAUGCAUAUCCCCUCCCUUUAUUUUACUCGCGCGCGAAACCUCCCAUAAACGUUACUAUUUCAUCUAGACCAAUGCAGAAGAUCUCAGAUGGACACAUAUCAUGCGUCAAUUAGUUUAGCUUGGACAACCAAUCGAACAAUGGAGGUACAUGGCCAGAUCAUCCAAC